AUGAAAGCCCAACUACAGAUACAGCAGGGCCCAGUACAAACUGUGAACCGCAGCUCAACUACCUCAUCACGGUCUCAUAUCCAGUCAACCUCCCGAAUCGCAUCACCCACCUCAGCGCAUUUCGAUCAUGACUCCAUCUCCUUCCCCCAGAGCGGCAACAACAAGCCCAAAGAGAAGGACGCCUUUGUGGUGAACUGCCUUGGCCCGGCUGUCCUCGCGGAUUUCCAGGCCCAGCUGGCGGGUGCGAAGGCGCUGGCAACGGUUGUUACUGCUAAGGUGUCGACUCUCCUGAAGCCGAUUGCUGCGCAGCUUGCGGGCAAGAUCUCGGCGAACAUCCAGCGUGGCUUUGAUGCUUACACCGGUGCUGCUGGGUGUUAG